UGUCGUUUUAGAAUGGUGGUAAAGGAGCUGUAAUUCAUUAAAUAUAAAUAAAUUAAUUUUUUAAAAUUUAAUCCUUAAAGUAAAUUAUUUUUUAAUAAAAGAUAAUUUGAUAAUAAGAAGCAAGAAGUUGGAAAUGGAAAUUCAACAACUCGAAGUACUCUGCAAACAACUUUAUGAGUCCGCAGAUUCAAUAAUACGUGCAGAGGCAGAAAAGGCUUUAGUUUCUUUUGUGGGUGCUCCAGAUGCUCUACCAAAAUGUCAGAUGCUUCUUGAUAGAGCAGAUUCUAGCUAUGCUCAACUAUUAGCCGCCACAACAUUGACAAAAUUAUGUCAAGGCCUAAGCUUAGAGCAAAGAAUGGAUAUAAGGAGUUAUGUUCUCAACUACUUAGCAACUCGCCCAAAUUUACGAAACUUUGUUGUGCAAGCGUUAGUAAUUUUAUUAGCGAAAAUUACUAAAUAUGGAUGGUUGGAUACUUAUGAAAACGAAAAUGUUUUUAGGAAUAUCCUUGAGGACGUCAAAAAAUUUCUACAGGGCUCAGUUGAGCAUUGUACGAUUGGAGUCCAAAUUUUAUCACAACUUGUUUGUGAGAUGAAUUCAACUGCUGAACUUGAUGUAAAUUUGACUUUUUCAAAAAAUCGCAACAUAGCAAUAUCUUUCAGAGAUUUGUUAUUGUAUGAUAUAUUUUUACUGUCCUGUUCUCUUUUGAUAACAGCCCGCGAUAAUAGUAAAAAUUUAAAUUUUAUGGAUGAAGCUCAACAAAGUUUAAUAUCACAUGUCUUGAGAUUAACCAAAAAUUGCCUCAGUUUUGACUUUAUUGGAAGCUCUACUGAUGAAUCGACAGAUGACAUGAGUAGUGUACAGAUUCCCGCGAAUUGGCGUCCAGCUUUUCUUGACUCAAACACUUUAAAGUUAUUUUUCGAUCUGUAUCAAAUAUUACCAAACGGUCUUGCAAGCUUAUCACUCUCAUGUCUCGUUCAGAUGACAUCAGUGAGAAGAUCGCUAUUUAGUAAUUCCGAACGUACAAAAUUCCUUACUCAUCUGGUUAAUGGAGUUAAAAACAUUUUAGAGAAUUUACAUGGCUUAAGUGAUCCAGAAAACUAUCAUGAGUUCUGUCGUCUUUUAGCCCGAUUAAAAUCAAAUUAUCAACUGGGAGAAUUGAUUUCCGUAGAAUGUUAUCCAGAAGCGAUUCAACUUAUUGCUAAAUUCACUGUACAAUCAUUGCAGAUGUGGCAAUUUGCUCCCAAUAGUGUGCAUUAUUUGCUUUUGUUGUGGCAAAAAAUGGUGGCCUCAGUUCCAUAUGUUAAGACAACAGAACCUCAUUUAUUGGGAACGUAUACCCCAGAAUUAACAAAAGCUUACAUCACUUCACGAUUAGAAUCUGUACCUGUUAUAGCAAGGGAAGAUUUGGAGGACCCCUUAGAUGAUUUAGGGAUGGUGCAACAACAAUUGGAACAAUUGUCAGUAAUUGAGCGAUGCGAGUAUGAAAAAACUUGUACAUUAUUAGUUCAACAUUUCGACCAAACUGCACGAGCUUAUCAAGAACUUUUACAAAACCCUAAUGCAAAUGCUUUGGAUGUUAAAAUUCAUGAACUCCAAUUAACAUGGCUGGUUUAUAUUAUUGGUUCAGCUAUUGGAGGCAGGUUGUCAUUCAAUGCUAGUGAAGAACAAGAUACAAUGGAUAGUGAACUUGUUAUAAGAGUCCUGCAAUUAAUGAGUUUAACUGAUGCAAGACUUCCACAAGCAGGUUGUGAGAAACUAGAGUUAUCUUUUUUAAGCUUUUUAGAGCAAGUUAGAAAAAUUCAUAUUAGCGAACAAAGUAAUAAGGCAAAGGUUUAUAAACGCUUAUCUGAAGUUUUUGGGCUAAACGAUGAGCAAAUGUUGUUAAGCAUGAUUAAUAGAAAAAUUAUAACGAAUUUGAAAUGUUGGGUCCGGUCAGAGCAAGUAAUAACUAAGACCUUAUGUCUUUUGAAUGAUUUAUCCUUAAAUUUUAGUUGCAUUCGCAAAAUGGCAAAAUUAGAAGAAGUGCAAUUUAUGUUAACACAUCAUACGAGCGAACAUUUCCCUUUUUUGGGGACAAAUACUUCCUUAACAGAAAUGAGAUGCAGAAGUAUGUUUUAUACAUCGCUUGGGCGGUUACUUAUUGUUGAUCUUGGUGAAGACGAAGAGAGAUUUUACAGUUUUAUGACUCCCUUAACCAAUCAAUUUGAAUCGUUAGGAUCUAUAAUGAUGGGUAAUAACAGUUUUCCAAAUGAGGAAGCAAAAAAGGCUAUUAUUGGUUUAGCGAGAGACUUACGAGGUUUAGCAUUUUCAUUAAACUCAAAAAGUCCGUAUAUGAUGCUGUUUGAUUGGAUAUACCCCGAUUAUACACCGAUAUUAAUCAGAGCUGUUGAAUUAUGGGCACAUGACCCCGGACUAACAACUCCCAUUUUAAAACUGUUUGCUGAACUUGUUAAUUGUAGAUCACAAAGAUUACAAGGAAAUGUUUCUAGUCCGAAUGGAAUUUUAUUGUUUAAAGAAACAUCAAAAUUAAUAUGCUUAUAUGGUGACAGAGUAUUGCACAUAGAUGUUCCACGUGAUCAACAAUAUCCAAUGCGUCUAAAAGGGAUUUCCGUGUGUUUUCUAAUGUUAAAACAUGCUUUAAGUGGAAAUUAUGUUAAUUUCGGAGUUUUCAAGUUAUAUGGAGAUGAUACGCUGGAUAAUGUUUUAAAUGUUACUGCAAAAAUGAUUAUGUCUAUACAACAAAAUGAUCUUCUGGAAUAUCCUAAGUUAUCUUCUGCAUACUAUAUAUUAUUAGACUGUUUAGCACAAGAUCAUAUUACGUUUCUGGCAACGUUAGAACCACGAGCAUUCGGAUAUAUUUUAGGAAGUAUAUCGAAAGGAAUUACAGCCCUAGAUUCAUCAGUAUGCUGUUCCGCUUUAGAUAAUAUUGUUUCAUACAUUUUCAAGCAAUUACAAUUGAAAGUUUCUACAUUCCCUAAAAAAAAGUUGAGACAUGGCCUUACACCUGAAAAUGAGCAGUUCCUUAAGGUUGUUGAAAUGUAUUCUGAUAUCCUUCAAGGAAUGAUGUCGACUCUUUUAAAUCUAGUAAUGUCAGAAGAUUGUAGAAAUCAAUGGUCGAUGUCCCGUCCACUUUUAGUAUUGAUUUUAUUAUAUGAAGAUUAUUUUGGAUCAAUUAAAGAAAAUAUCAUACAUUCACAACCGAUAGAAAAACAAGCAACAAUGGCACAAUGGUUCGCCGCUUUAAUGGAUGGAAUAGAAAGAAAUAUUUCAAUGAAAAAUAGGGAAAGGUUUACACAAAAUUUGUCAAUGUUUAGACGUGAUGUAGCAAAUUCACUAAAAUCUUCAGUUUACAAUUCUGAAAACUCGUACCAAGUCUAUGCUGAGCAAAAUUACUCAGUUUCUGUGUAAUUAAUAUAUAAAAUUAUAUAAUUUGAUGCUUUUGUAGUCUAAGAAUUUGAUGCUGUUUUAAUAUUUUAAAAAUUAUUUUUGAACUUUUGUAGGUUAUAUUAAAUUAAACAUAAUUUUUUUUCUAUAAUUUUAUAAAUGAUGCAGAAAAAGAAACAAAAUAAGAAAAGGAAAUUUUUAUAUACAUAUUGUAAUUUUGUGGGUAGUUUAAAAAAAAAACAGAUUAACUGAAGAAAUAAUAAUAUUAAAAAAUUAAAUCAAUAAUGUAAAAUAAUAAAUAAAAAAGAGAGUAAUAAUAAAAUAAUUAUAAAAUAUUUUUAUGAUGUUCGUAAAAUUUGGAAAAUAAAAUCUUGUAAUAAUUUUGCAAAAUAAA